AUGACAUCUGUUCAACAGCAGAUACCAAGUACUCAAAAAGCAUUACAAUGGGUUAGAGUAAGUGGUACAAAUCCAUUUGAAUGGACAACAUCAGCACCAGUGAUUGAACCAUCGGAAUUAGAUGCUAAUCAAGUUUUAAUUGAAAAUCAUGCUGUUUCUCUUAAUCCAAUUGAUUAUAAAAUUGCUGAAUCUAAUUUUCUUAAUGUUAAUUUACCAUCAGUAACAGGUUAUGAUGUUAGUGGUCGAAUUGUUGCAAUCGGAAAUGAUGUUCAAGAUUAUAAAGUUGGUGAUGAAGUUUUCGGAACGUUAAGUUUCAAACCAGAAAAAGGUGGUGGAGCAUUUCAACAAUACUCUGUUGGAAAUACUGAUACAUUAGUUAAAAAACCAAGUAAUCUCAGUCAUGAAGACGCAGCAACACUUGGUGUAGCAUAUUUAUCUGCUCUCGAAGGUCUUCGUCAAGUUAAUAUUGAUUCAACAACAUCAGUGUUUAUUCCUGGUGGUUCAGGUGGUGUUGGUCAUUUUAGUAUACAAAUUGCUCGAAUUCGAGGUGCAAAACAAAUUAUUACAUCAGCAUCAAAAGAUGAUGGAAUACAAAUACUUAAAGAACAAUAUAAAAUAAAUGAUGUGAUUAAUCAUUCAAAAGAAAAUGUUGUUGAUCGUGUAUUGGAAUUAACACAAGGACAAGGUGUUAAUAUUGUUUAUGAUUCAACUUAUCUUCCAUCAAGUUUUGAAAAAUCAACUCAAGUUGUACGAGAAAAUGGUUCAUGGAUUGUUCUUGGUGAUUUCGGAAAAGAAGGAAGUCCAGAAGCAAUUAAUGUUGCUCAACGAAAAGCAAAUUUAGUUCAUGCAGAGUUAGGACGUUAUUGGUUUGGACCUGAACAAAAACAAUUAAAAUCAUUCUUUUAUGAUGGAUUGACACAAGCAGCAAAAUGGAUUCAAGAAGGAAAAUUAAAACCGUAUAUUAAUAAAAUUAUAAAACUUGAAGAAACAGAAAAUGCACUUAAUCAAUUGAAACAAGGAAAAGGUGGAUUUGGAAAAAUUGUUAUUAAACUUGUAUAA